ACGUACAAUAUCUUUGAUUUUUAUAAUGGGUUUUUUCUCCGUUAGAGAUCAAAAUUAUACACAUUUACUGUUCACUUCUAGCUACUGCUAACUAAUGUACGAGUAGUUCGAUCAUGAGAUGUAGAGCAUAAGGCUGGUAAUUGUCGCUGCCAUCCCUAACUGGUCAGUGCAAGACAGAUAGGGAAGAACAGGAGCAGGAAAUUAAUUCGAAAAAUGGUAGGAGGAUGCGCAUUAAAUUACCUGAUGAUGAAUAAUGAUUUAUCAUGGACGUAAAUUCCACCAAGACGAACUUCGUAUCUCGAAGUACUUGUCGUCGAUUCCUACAAUGGAUGAUGCGGGAACUAGAUGAAUUUUUCUUCGAGUAUGAAACUUUAAAAGUGAUCAAACUGUACAAUCUGCGAAUUGGAUUGAUUAACCGCAGCAUACAGAUCUGUGUUUUGGUGUCCAUGAUCGGAUACUUAUUUAUAUACUCCAAGGGAUACCAAGCCUUUUACAAUGGAGAAAGUACAACGGUUGCCAAAGUUAAAGGAUUAAUCAAGAAAAAUUUAUCAAACAUUGCCUACGUUUGGGAUACCACAGAUUUGGUGAUACCGGCAUUGGAAAAUGACGCUACCUUUGUGGCUACCAACAUUGUGGAAACUGCAAUGCAAAGGGCCGGCCGAUGUGCGGACAAGAGCGAAUGGAAUAAUCGUAUGCGAGCAACCAGAUGCAGAGCGGACGCGGACUGCAUGCAACUUCUCAAAAACACAAGCCAGCUUCCGACUUCCUUUAAUGGCUUCCUGACAGGAAAAUGUAUUGUGGAGGAUUUAUCGUGCGAGAUAGAUGGAUGGUGUCCAGCAGAAAUAGACAAACCACCAGAACCCCCUUUGUUUCUGGAUGCAGGCAAAUUUACUAUAUUAGUAAAAAAUUAUGUGUCAUUUCCGGAUGUUGACGUCAAGAGAAGAAAUAUAUUGGAAAGUAUAUCAGAGGACGAUCUCCGAAAUUGUCGUUAUGAUCGGCAUACGGAUCCUUAUUGUCCAGUAUUCUUGCUGAAAGACAUUGUACGAUUGGCCCAGGAAAAUUUCACGGAAAUAGCAAGAACGGGCGCCAUUCUCGGCUUUCACAUUAACUGGGAGUGCAACCUUGAUUACCAUGAACGACACUGCUUGCCAAAGUACGAGUUCCGACGGAUGGAUUCUGCUGAAAAAGUGGCUGAAGGGUGGAGCUUCCGGCACGCACACUACUGGACGUCUCCUAGUGGUGAACCAUACCGAAUGCUGCAAAAAUAUUACGGCAUCCGCAUCAAUUACAAAGUGCAGGCGCGGGCAGGGAAAUUUGAUGUUGUCACUUGUGCCAUGAACGUUGGAUCGGCCGUCGGUCUGUUCGGCAUUGCAACGAUAUUGUGCGAUUUCAUCACGAUGCAUGUGUCCAAAAAUCCCCUGUUUCGGUCACGUAAAGUGGAAAAGAUCAGAAUGGAUCGAGCGGCAACAAAGAACAAGUUGCCACUGCCGGAAAACGGAACCGCGCAGGCUGUUGAACGCAUGCGCACAGAGAAAAUCUUUCCCAUCACUCCUGACGCGGUCGACUUUCUCUUGAAGAAGUGCCGAAACGAUCCACGAAUUAACUCCAGAGAAAUUUUACAGUCAACGACGACACCGAGUAAUGUCUAAAUGAUUACCAAAGAUACUGUGGUUAUAACAUGAAUUACGCGAUGAGCGAUUUCUUUGUAACCAAACGAUGUUGUUCCGCUCGACAUAAUUUUUUACGAUGUCUUGCGGCAUUGUACAUUGCACUUAUAAAGAAAUGAAGAAGCGUUCU